AUGGAGCUUCCCGUAGAGAUUAUUCGUCUCAUUGCCUUGCAAAGCUCUCCAGAUGUCGCAGCACGAAGCAGAAGAUGCUGUCGAAUCCUGUGGGAGGUGGUCAGCACAUUAGAUUUAUUUAAGCUUAAACUAGCAUACCUCUGCCGCAAUCCGAAGAAAGCGCUGUCCCAGGCGGUACGAACCUCAUGGCCAGGGUUCGGCAAAGUAGUGCCGGAAGAUGAGGGGUUUGGAAAGAUUUUGAGAGUGAACUACUGCGACCCUAUGAGGACACACCAUGCCGACACUCAUCGUGACUGGGUGACCGAAGCCGUGCAGAUUUUGGUUCGUCGCGGAUUUGUCGACAACGGGUUUGGUGCCCUCAGAGCUGCCGCAGCGAGAGGUGACCUUAAACUCGUCCGUUUUCUGAUGCAGGCCGCACAUCCUGUGGUUACAACAGACGUCCCAGUUCCGAUCACCCUGACUCAUCAGAUGCGAAUCCGCUGCAUGUCACAAGUGUCCCGAGAAUUCGACCCACUCGUUGUGGCUGCUGCCAAUGGGAAUGUUUCGGUGGUAGAAGAGAUCCUCAAGUUUCAACCGUUAAUGAGAAAAGCGGCCGAGGAGGCACUGCGAGCAGCCGUCGCCCAAGGUCAUGUGAACGUUGUCCGCAUUUUAAUAAUGGCUGGCGCAGAAACACACCUAGAUCAAUUGCACAUGAGGAGCAGGACGCCGUGGGAAGACGACCACACCAUCCUUCAGCUUGCUGCCUCGCUUGGGCAUCUGAGAAUAAUCAGGGAGCUAGUCGCUACAGGAUCGAAUCCGAAUGAUCGUACGGCUCUUCGAGAAGCAGUAGAGGCUGGCCAUAGAGUCGUUGUUUCAGAAUUGCUGGGCUACGGGCUCAAAGCUACACUAGAGAUUCUUAAAAUAGCCGUACGCUUUGGACAUGUUGAGAUUACGGAGGAUCUACUGCGAGCUCGCGGCAACCGCCAUGGUGAUCUGGACGCAGCAUUGCGGAUUGCUGCCAGAUAUGGACAAUUUGAUGUGGUUCAAUCUCUUAUCGAGCGAGGUGCCUGCGUAAAUUUAUGCGGAAGAAACAGUAAGAGACAGGGGAGUCCUCUGCGGGAAGCAGCAAUUGCUGGAAGAGCUGACAUUGUGAAGGCUCUCAUCAAGGCAGGUGCCCAAGUAGACGCUCAAAAUAAUGUAGCUUUACGGCUCGCAGCAGCAAAAGGGCACCACGAAACUGUGCAGAUACUUUUGGACACUGGGAAAGCAGAUGUUCAUGCUGGUGCCGAGUAUGCACUCUCACAUGCAAUUGGGCAAGGACACACUGAAGUUGUGUCGAUUCUCUUACAGCACAAUGCUGAUCCCUCUGCUCGUGGCGGUAAAAUCAUUCAGACCGCGAAAGAAUUGCGAGAUCCAUAUCGCAUCAGUCAGCUUUUGCAUAUGUGUGUAUCAACAAACAGCUGUAACAACCUACUGGCGGCGCCCUUGAUAUUGGCUCUACUGAUGAUCUCUUAUGAGAAACGUUAUCAAUGGGCAGGCUGGUGAUACGUCUAUACCACUAAAAUAGAAUUUUCGGAUGGUGCUAUUGGAUUCCGUGACGUUGAUAUUUGACAUGAGACUUGUCUAUGGUGAGAGAGAACUUUAAUAUUAUUUGGGCUCGUUUGAAUCCGAA